AAAGUAAAGGCAACAGGCUAAAACACUCGAGGUUAGAGCCAGGGCAGACGACAGGAUGAAGCGUGCAAAGAAAAGUAGUGUGUGGGACCAUUUCACCAAAAAGAAUGAGACAGAUGUAAGUUGCAACUUGUGUGAUACAGUGCUUAAAUAUAGUAGCAGCACAUCAUCUAUGAUGUAUCACCUGAAAACGCGACACCCGCAAGCCUCUUCGGGUGAGAAAGGUAGCCAAAGCCAACCUACCGUGUCAUCUAUGCUAGCAGGUAGGAAAUGUGACAAACAGCGCUCAGAGACUAUUACCCAAAAGAUAUGCGGAAUGGUUGAAAAAGACAUGCUGCCCCUUGACUUUGUAAGCGGUGAGGGCUUUCUAGAGCUUAUACAAUUCCUUGAACCCAACUACACAGUCCCAUCUCGACAGACCAUAACCACACGCAUUGAAGAGCGCUUUGUCAAGAAAAAAGAUGAGCUCAAAGCGCGCCUGUAUCGUGCCAGAUGUGUAGCCAUCACGACAGACUGCUGGACAGCACUAACCACAGAGAGUUAUGUGACAGUCACCUGCCACUGGACUGACAAGGACUGGCAGGUUAAAUCAGCAGUACUCCUCACGAAAAGUAUGCCAGGCAGACACACCGCCGACAAUCUGGCUGCAACACUAAACGAAGCGGUAGAUGCCUGGGGAAUGACAGGGAAAGUGGUCGCAUGUGUCCACGACAACGCGAACAACAUAGUGGCUGCCAACAUUCCUGAAAGGGUGGACUGGGUAUCAGUUGCGUGUUUCGCCCAUACACUACAACUGGCGAUCAAUGACGCAUUUAAGCAGUUUGUGUAUAAAGUUAUAUCUGCAGCCGGAAAACUAGUUCGCCAUUUCAAUCACAGCACUGUAGCCUGCAAAGCCCUCGAGGCCAAACAAGAACAGAUGCAGCUCCCCAAACACAAGCUCAUCCAGUCCUGCAAAACUAGAUGGAAUUCGGUGUUCGACAUGUUUGAGAGGCUUCUCGAACAGCGAUGGGCAGUGACAGCCGUCUUGUCCGACCGCACCGUCACAAAGCUGCAGGAUGCCAGAAUUCUCGAGAUCAAGGACGAAUACUGGGCAAUAAUGGCUGAUCUUAAACCUGUCCUGGAAACCCUCAAAUGCGCAACCACUAUCAUGUCUUCUGAGAAGACCGUGUCGAUCUCCCACAUCUACCCCAUCACCUUCAGCAUCAUUAAUAAGCACAUGGCCAUCGCUACCAAUGACAGGCCUCGGGUAGCGGAGUUCAAGGCCAAGGUUCAACAGUCAUUGAGUGAACGCAUGGAGGUUGACUACAACGAACGCUUGGUUUCAAUGCCAGCGGUGAUCGCCUCUGCCCUGGAUCCUCGACAUAAACACCUACCGUUUUUAUCAAGAGAAAAAACAAAGGCAGUGCUUGAUAAACUCAAGGAACUCUGUGCUGACAUGGAGCAUGCAGCUAUUGAGGAGGAGGACAUGGGUGAGGAAGAAGAGCCUGGUGCUGCAGGAGGAGAUGAUGAUGCUGCUGUGACAGCGGGUCCAUCCAGUGGAGCCAGCCACAAGGAGAAUGCAAUGAGUCUGCUACUGGGAGAUGAUUACAGCGCAGCCGAUGCCACGGAUCCACAGAUGGAAGUGGAUACAUAUGUGAAAGAUAGUCGCCCCUCACUAGAAAGCAAUCCGCUUGAUUGGUGGAGGGCAAACCAGACGCGCUUUCCCAGAUUGGCAAGAUUGGCGCAGCGCUACCUUUGCAUCCCCGGGACUUCUGUUCCAUCAGAGAGGGUUUUCUCCGCUGCGGGACUUGUGGUUAAUCGACUGCGUACCCGCUUGACCCCAGAGCACGUAGACAUGCUUGUGUUCUUGAAUAAAAAUAAGUGACUGACUCGGAGUGGGGUAGGCCAAUAUUUUCUGUUAUGUAAGAUUGGUUGGGGCCCAACACUUGACAUCUGAGAAAAAUAAGUUAAGGCAUC